AGCCGGGGAGAAGGGAGAGGCGAAGGCGGCGGAGCCAACGGAGAGGCCACCGCAGCGCUGCGCACUCCGCAGGCGGCGAGCAUAUUGAAUGCAAGAAACUGGACCAAGAGAAGAUAAAGACAUGAGGUCAAAUACGAUGGCGAACGAGUGAUCUAUUUUCCCAUGAAAACGAGCAGCUUACUCUAACCCUUGGUGAAUAUUUGGGCUCAUCACGAUUAAAUUGCACGCACAUUGGGUGAUUUCUCAUCAUGAACCGUGCUUUUAGCAGGAAGAAAGACAAAACGUGGAUGCACACUCCGGAGGCUCUAUCAAAGCAUUACAUUCCCUACAGCGCAAAGUUUCUUGGCAGCACAGAAGUGGAACAACCCAAAGGCACCGAAGUCGUGAGAGAUGCCGUUAGGAAGCUGAAGUUUGCAAGACAUAUCAAAAAAUCUGAAGGACAAAAAACACCAAAGGUUGAGUUACAGAUCUCAAUAUACGGAGUGAAAAUCCUAGAUCCAAAAACAAAGGAAGUCCAGCACAAUUGUCAGCUCCACAGGAUAUCAUUUUGUGCUGAUGAUAAAACCGACAAAAGGAUAUUCACUUUCAUAUGCAAAGACUCUGAGUCAAACAAACAUUUGUGCUACGUCUUUGACAGUGAAAAGUGUGCAGAAGAGAUAACUUUAACAAUUGGGCAAGCGUUUGACCUCGCUUACAGGAAAUUUCUGGAAUCGGGCGGAAAGGACGUGGAAACAAGAAAGCAGAUUGCAGGGUUGCAGAAAAGAAUUCAGGAACUAGAAACAGAAAAUAUGGAGCUUAAAAAUAAAGUACAAGAUUUAGAGAACCAACUAAGGAUAACCGAAGUAAAUUCAUCGCCGCUACUGCACAUAAAAUCUGAUUAUGACCAACACAGAUUUCAGAGACCCUCCUCCUUUUUCUGGUGUAGCACAGAGGACCCGUCUCCUUGUUUAGAUAUCUCUUCCAUUACGCUCACGCCCAUGAGCUCUCCUGGCUCCAUGAACUCAUCUGGACUAUUAACGCCGCCACCUUCCAAAAGUGGUCUUCCCAAGCCAGUCCAUGAAUACAGCAUCCCGAGACCUCAUGCAGGCAGUGUGACACCUAAAUCACCCUCCACUGACAUCUUUGAUAUGGUCCCCUUUUCUCCCAUGUCCCCCCAGUCAUCAACACCUACUCGCAAUGGCACGCAGCCUCCGCCAGUGCCCAGUAGAUCUGCGGAGAUCAAGAGAGACCUUUUUGGAGCAGAACCAUUUGACCCUUUUAGCUGCGGAGCCGGAGAUUUCCCUCCAGACAUCCAGUCCAAACUAGAUGAGAUGCAGGAGGGGUUCAAAAUGGGACUGACUCUGGAAGGCGCUGUAUUUUGUCUCGAUCCCCUGGACAGCAGAUGCUGAUGCAAGAACACAAAUUUGGAAGAAUCACACGAUCAAUUUUUUUACGACAAAAAAAAAAAGUUCGAAAAAGGUAUUACAAAAAAAAAAAAACUGUUAAUGUGCCAAAAA